CACACACGCGCUCACACACACACAUACACACGGCCUCGUACACACUCACACACGCUCCGGCGCGCACACGCGGCGCGCAGGCCGGAGGGAGGAGGCUCGGCGCUGCUCGGCGGCGGCGGCAGCGUGCUCCGCGGGCGGGCGGGAGGGCUGGCGGGCGGCCCCCGCUCCCCGGCUCCGCGGCUAGGUGCAGCCCGCUCGGCCCCCGCCCUCGGCCCCGCCCCCGGGGGUCGCCCGGCCCCAUGCCCAGCGGCGGCGGCGGCGGCGGAGCAGCGCGCGGCCGCGGGCGGCUCUGAGGAGCCCGGAGGGAACCGGCGACGAGGGGACCAUGUACCGGGACCCGGAGGCGGCCAGCCCAGGGGCGCCCUCGCGCGACGUCCUGCUGGUCUCUGCCAUCAUCACCGUCAGCCUUAGCGUCACUGUCGUCCUCUGCGGCCUCUGCCACUGGUGUCAGCGCAAACUGGGCAAACGCUACAAGAAUUCCUUGGAGACGGUGGGCACGCCAGACUCAGGGCGUGGGCGCAGUGAGAAGAAGGCUAUCAAUGAUCUAGACAGAGACUUUUGGAAUAACAAUGAGAGCACAGUGCAGCAGAAAUGGAGCUCCUACCCUCCCAAGGAGUUUAUUCUAAACAUUUCACCCUACGCCCCUUAUGGCGACCCACGACUGUCCCUCAAUGGCACCCUCCUGUCGGGCGCCAAAGUGGCCGCCGCGGCGGGGCUGGCAGUGGAGCGGGAAGGCCGGCUGGGGGAGAAGCCGGCGCCAGUGCCGCCACCCGGAGAGGACGCCUUGAGAAGCGGCGGGGCUGCCCCCAGCGAGCCGGGCAGCGGUGGCAAGGCGGGGAGAGGCCGCUGGCGGACGGUGCAGAGCCACCUGGCCGCAGGGAAGCUCAACUUGUCCAAUUUCGAGGACUCCACCCUGUCCACGGCCACUACCCUUGAGUCUAUCCCCAGCUCCACGGGAGAGCCGAAAUGCCAGCGACCCCGCACCCUGAUGCGGCAGCAGAGCCUGCAACAGCCGCUGAGCCAGCACCAGCGGGGCCGGCAGCCCAGCCAGCCCACCACCAGCCAGAGCCUGGGCCAGCUGCAGGCCCACAUGGCCUCGGCGCCAGGCCCCAACCCCCGGGCCUAUGGCCGGGGCCAGGCUCGGCAGGGCACCUCGGCCGGCUCCAAGUACCGGGCGGCGGGGGGCCGCAGCCGCUCCAACCCGGGCAGCUGGGACCACGUGGUGGGGCAGAUUCGAAACCGAGGCUUGGACAUGAAAUCCUUCCUGGAAGGCCGGAUGGUGGUGCUAUCCUUGGUCUUAGGGCUUUCGGAACAGGAUGACUUUGCCAAUAUCCCUGACCUGCAAAACCCUGGAACCCAGCAGAACCAGAACGCUCAGGGGGACAAGAGGUUGCCUGCAGGAGGGAAGACAGUGAACACAGCCCCGGUGCCAGGCCAGACACCCCACGAUGAGUCCGACCGCCGGACCGAGCCACACUCCUCCGUCUCAGACCUCGUCAACUCCCUCACCAGCGAGAUGCUCAUGCUCUCCCCAGGCUCCGAGGAGGAUGAGGCCCACGAGGGUUGCAGCCGAGAGAACCUGGGCCGGAUCCAGUUCAGCGUCGGCUACAACUUCCAGGAGUCCACGCUCACCGUGAAGAUCAUGAAGGCCCAGGAGCUGCCGGCCAAGGACUUCAGCGGCACCAGCGACCCCUUCGUCAAGAUCUAUCUGCUGCCCGACAAGAAGCACAAGCUGGAGACCAAGGUGAAGCGGAAGAACCUGAACCCCCACUGGAACGAGACCUUCCUCUUUGAAGGUUUUCCCUAUGAGAAGGUGGUGCAGAGGAUCCUCUACCUCCAAGUCCUGGAUUAUGACCGCUUCAGCCGCAACGACCCCAUCGGGGAGGUGUCCAUCCCCCUUAACAAGGUGGACCUGACCCAGAUGCAGACCUUCUGGAAGGAUCUGAAGCCAUGCAGUGAUGGGAGUGGGAGCCGAGGGGAGCUGCUCUUGUCUCUCUGCUACAACCCCUCUGCCAACUCCAUCAUCGUGAACAUCAUCAAAGCCCGGAACCUCAAAGCCAUGGACAUCGGGGGCACAUCAGACCCCUACGUGAAGGUGUGGCUGAUGUACAAAGACAAGCGGGUGGAGAAGAAGAAGACGGUGACAAUGAAGAGGAACCUGAACCCCAUCUUCAAUGAGUCCUUCGCCUUCGAUAUCCCCACGGAGAAGCUGAGGGAGACGACCAUCAUCAUCACUGUCAUGGACAAGGACAAGCUCAGCCGCAAUGACGUCAUCGGCAAGAUCUACCUGUCCUGGAAGAGCGGGCCAGGGGAGGUGAAGCACUGGAAGGACAUGAUUGCCCGUCCCCGGCAGCCCGUGGCCCAGUGGCACCAGCUGAAGGCCUGAGUGGGGCCAAGGGAGGCCCAGGGGGCCGAGGGCCCAGGUCCCCAUCAUGCCCUCACCACUUUAUGCACAACGCCCGGCCUGAGCCCCCUGCCAUAGGGAGGGGAGGACCCUGAGGGCUCAGCCGGGGGGGUCCCAGGACUCAACUGGGCCCUGUUUCUAGGAAGUACCAGCCCCAUCCCUCACAGUCCAGCUCGGGGGAAGGGGCUCUGGGAGGCAUUUUCCUGCUUUGCCCCUUUUCUUCCUGAAUUACUAAUACUAAAGAAGUUGGGGGAGCUCGAGAGCCAGACGGCCAGACAGGCAGACCCCUCCAGAGGCCCGCCAGGUGGGCAUGGUCCCCCGUUUUCUUUAAGGCAGCACCUGGAGUGGAGAGAGGCCACUCCCUCUCCAGCCCCCGAUGUGGACCCAGGGAGGGGAGGCUGAGGCGUUUGGCUCUGCUCUGGCCGGGAGAGGCCCAUCCCCAGGGCAGCUUCAGGUGCCGGCUGGGCCCUGAAUGCCGAGGAUAGUAUAUAGCCCGCUCCUGGGUCCUGGAGCUGUGGCCCUUUGUACUUGUGUUGUGUCCAUUGUGUGUGUGCGUGGGGACAGAGGCCUGGAAGUGCAGAGGACUAUACAGAGAAGGCAGGUUUCGUGAAGGCCAGGCAGGGUUGGAGGCUGGGGUGUGAGAGGAGAGGCCUGUAGGGCUGAGUGGGGUAGGGUGAGGCAGAGGUCGGAAACAGAAGAGCUGCAGUUGCUGGAGCUGGGCUGAGAACUGGGCUGCCUCCUGCCAUCCCCCCAUCUCCUCCCCUUCUCCCCUUGGUGCCCCGCUCUGCUCACAAUCUGAAGUAGUUCCCUCCUCAGCAAUUUCAUCUCUUGAACACUGGCUUACACCUUUUAGGCACCUACUGUGUGCAUAGCAUUCCACCAGGAUUCAUCUCCCUUCCUUCUCAACGGGUCCUGAGCCCGACUAGCUUUGCCCUAACUCCUUCAUCAAAAGACCCCCCGCCAGCUUCCCACACCUCAUACGCAGCCACAUCUGCCCUAUUCUCCAUGCUUUCCAGCUUCCCUGCCCUUCCUCAUCUCUCCCUGCCUGUGCAGACCCCCACCCUUCUUUCCUCCACCCCUCCAUCCCCCGAUGCUUGUAGACCUUCCAUUCAUUCCGUCUCAUCGUGCGUGCUCUCUGAUCUUCCAUCACCUGACCUUCUCCAGGACUGUCUUCUCACCCUUCCCCGCUCCCUGGUCCCCGGGAGCAGCUCCUUCUGCCUGACUCACUCACAGUGCAGGGAAAGGAGGCAGAGAAAAGACCAGGAUUCUGUGAGUUCUGAGGUUGCCACACACAAAGAAGCUGUGGUUUCUCUGCCUCAGCCACUGAUGAGACUAAAACUGGCUUCCCCUUGGAGACGGCAGAUUUCAGGCUGAUCCCUGCUUAAGCCCUUUCAUCCCCACGCUGGUCCUGGUAUUGAUACAAGACCCAGCUGGUGACAAAGCUUCCAAUCCUGGGGGUCCACGAGCCUGGGCCUGACAUUCCCAGAACCACCGCCAGGUGGCGCCAGGUCCCCACAGUCUGUGGCCGUGGUCUUAGCCCACAGUUCCACUCUGGAUGGGCCUGUGACACCCCAAAGAGAAGUGGACUCUGGAUAGGGUCCCCACAUCCAGGGCGUGGGGAGACCAUAGGCAUUUGGGAACCAUUUUCCUUCGAUCGGCUUCCCCUUGAGCUGAGCAUUCUGCUUGCUGCAGUAUAUGGGUCGCCUUUUGCCCAUACCGAAAUUUUCUGAAAUUGAAUCGCACACCCCCACCAUUUCCUCUCCCUGGGAUCUGGAGGAACAUCAUACAUAGUAGGUGAAUCGUUUUGUAGAGUGAAGAAUGCUAAUGUAAAGCAAAUAGUCACCCACGUUCCUUGUAAAUCCAAAUGUUUCUAUAUUGUAGCUUUGCUUAAAAUGGGGUCGGCCCCAACUGCAUCCUCCUCUUUGGCGGGCUGGGGAGCGGCCCCCAGCCGGGACGGGAGGGCAGCGACCCCGAGGCCCCGUGGACGUGGGAGAGAGUGUGGUGGGAAGUCUUGAGCGGAGGAGGGGAUCUGCCCUUCUCCACUCCUCCCUUGGAUCCGCCUCGGUUUCCUGUCCCUCCAGCACCCGCCUGCCCCGCGGAAGACCGCCCAGUGAGCCAGCCCCCGCCUCCCAGGCCCCUUCGCCUGCUAGGGAGUCCCCUGGGGAUCCAACCAACUUGUAUCGAGUGGGCGGGGCAACGGCUCCCCCUUUUCCCGAGCCCCGCCCACGGAGCUCUUAGCCAAUCCUAUGCAGAGAGCACCUCCUGGCAGGGGUCUCUUCCCAACCAGACCCCACCCAGGCACAUUAGCGACCAGGCUUGGGCUUCCCCAGCGCCCCACCACCACCACGUGCAGGUGGAGCUCUGGGAUGCUAUGUUGGGGCGGCAAGUGGUGGGCCGAGGGCCGGGUAGGCUAGCACGGGAGGCAAGGGUGGUAUGGGAUGGGGCGGGGGCGGUCUAGGGCAAUAGGAGAGCAGAGAAUGGGGGAACUUGAGGGUGGGGGGAGGGCACCGGAGCCCUGCCACCAUCCCAGGACUUUGGGCAAGUCACCCGCACUCCCUGAGCCUCAGUUUCCCCAUCUGUAAAAUGAUGGUAAUAAUACUUCACCUACCUCAUAGGGGAGGUUGUGAGGCCACCAUCACCUGACCUGGGGGUCAAGGCAGGAGGACUCCGAAGGUGCUACCCGUGAGCAAAGUGUAAUUACCGAAUCCUGACUGCAAGGCCCACCUGCCCCUCCCCCACAGAGCCUCCAGAGUUAGCUGAGGCCAAUGCAGGCCCAUCCGUCUCUUCACUGUGUCGCAGGCCCUUUUAUGGGCCUCGUCUGCCAUCUUUGUGGGUGCCCUAGACUUAGUCCUUAUCUUGUCCUGGUUUCCUUUCUUGUGACCAUGUCCCCAUGAAAGUGCUGUACAAAUUCCACCUGCCCCAGGACCCCCGCACCUGCCCUCUGGCACCAGAUGCCAGGGAAGGGACAGAGAAAAACAGCCACAAACAAGCCAGGGGGGCUCCCCUGAGUCCCCCAGGGGUGGGGAUUGGUGGCCACUGUUUGUAUGUCCUUGAGUGCAAGUGUUUUAUAAAAAAUAAAACAAAAACCCACCAUCACCAAAAAAAAAAAAAAAUUUUGCAGCGAAGAGAAAUGAAGAAAAACUGAAGAAAAAAAAAAAACAGGAAAAAAAGAACCAUACAAAAUUUUUCCACCACACAUACCCUCCAAGCCAGCAAGAUUUCCUCUUUGCAAAAUCAUAUUUUUGUGGGAAUGGGCCCUGCUUUUUGUGGCAAGGCCUGUUCUGAUUAAUAAAGGAUCGUGAAAAAGU